UAUCUCUCAACAAUGAAAACCGCAUCUAGCGGCGGCAGAAACUCUACUAGUCCGAGGGCUCUGAGUAAACUGUGCAGUUCCCCCCAGCCUCGUUGUUCACUAGUUUUCCUUGGAGCUUUCAACGGUGUUUAUUAGGCCCCUUCCUUACUAGGUAUCCAAUAUGGAGGCUACUGGUCCUACAGCAGCGGGUCUAGCGCCACCAGUGAUAUCUGUGUUUCUCUUCUCGUACGGCCACAUUAAUGGCCCGAUUGUUCAAACUGGGGUUGAAGGACGCUCCUCUAAACAGCUAGCGUACAGCAUCCGACACCUGCCAAACCCCCCACGAAAUCUUCGGGCCAAUUCAAAUGGCUUGUCGAGACGGUUACAGAAGGAGUUCCUCAAUAAUGAUUGUGUGGAAGCGAUUUUGGGCAAGGUUCAAAAUGAUAUCAUUGAUGCACUCAGGAUAGAGGCUGAGUCUAUACAAGCAGCGAAAGCUGCGACUAGAGACUGUAAUUCAGGGAACGUCUUCAAGCCUGACAAUAUUUCUGACUUGGAAGAGAGCCCAAAAAACCUCCAUGAUGCAUCUCUUAUAUUGACGGUAUGCUGCGAAAAAGGCCGUCACCGGAGCGUUGCCUUCAUCGAUGAACUUGGGCGCAGACUUGCCGAUCUCAAAAACGGGGAUGGAAUAUCUCAUACCUGGGAGUUAUGUAUCAGCGUGACACACCGUGACAUUGGCAAUUCGGCAUCCGCUCCCGUAACACAUGACAAGUCCAGACGAAAAAGAAUGCGAUGUAUGCGAGUGGAGGGUAGCAGGUGAACGAUUAUGUUGUAUUUCAUAUCAUCGAUAGGAGUACAAUCUCAGGAUGAGGUUAGGGUUCUCACAAAUCCAAGUGUAGCAAAAUAUCAGAUAUAGAGCAUAGCCUACAUCAUUCUAUCAGUAGGUACAAUCCAAGCCAAC